AUAUCUUAAAAUGGAAGAGGAAAUUAAGACCCUUGAAGCACAGAUCCAGAGUUUUUAUGAUACCGUGAGAGAUGCAGGCUCAACCUUUGACCCAGAAUUAGCAAAGGAAUUUCUAGAGACUUUUGAAGAAUUCGAGCUCUCGAUUGAUUCCUUCCUCUCACUUGAGCAGUAUAUUGACUUAAUGGUUCUGUAUUUUGUCACAGAUAAUUGGAGAAAUCCAGCCAAGUUCUUAUGGAAAAGGAUUCCUAAAGCUAUGAAGAAGGAUAAAGCUUUAGUCCAAGUUUGGGAGAUCGGAAAAUGCCUCUUUCAGUAUAAAUACCCAGAAGCAGCCCAAGCUAUUAGGGAUUUUAAGGGAGGAAAUUUGUCAGAUUAUCUAAGGAGCGGAUACUACCACAUCAUGAAUGGGUUUAUUAACCAAGCUUACCAGAAUAUUGAUGAUGAUACCUACAGACUUUUGAUGGGAUUCAGCUCAGCUAAGGAACAAAAGGCAUAUCUCUCUUAUUAUAACAAAGAGGUUCAACCAAAGAUUGAUGCUGCAAAGAAUGAGAAGAUUGAGAUCAAUGCAAGUCAUCUUGAUACCUUAAAGAAGCUAGCAGAGUUCAUUGAGAAGGAAGGGGCUACACAAAUUGAAAGAGAAUAAAUGAGGCUACUAAUAGAUUUCUGACAUAUUUCCAC